ACAAUGUCUAAAGCAACGUCGAGCGGAAGAGUCGCCUCCAUCCAAGUGGAAGGCGACUUUUCUAUCAAGUCCGAGAACACCCAACCAAAAUUGGACACCUCACAGUGGCCUCUUCUCCUCAAAAACUAUGACAAGUUGCUUGUUCGUUCAAGCCAUUUCACGCCCAUCCCUUCAGGCAAUAGCCCUUUGAAGAGAGAUAUCGCUUCUUAUAUCAAGUCUGGCGUCAUCAAUUUGGACAAGCCAUCCAAUCCUUCGUCGCACGAGGUUGUAGCCUGGCUGCGGCGGAUCUUACGAUGUGAAAAAACUGGCCACAGUGGUACACUGGACCCAAAAGUUACUGGUUGCCUAAUCGUAUGCAUCGAUCGUGCGACGCGGUUAGUGAAGUCUCAGCAAGGCGCAGGUAAAGAGUACGUUUGCGUGCUCCGACUGCAUUCGGCACUUCCCAACCCCACCGCCCUCCCACGCGCAUUAGAGACGCUUACAGGCGCACUUUUCCAGCGCCCUCCCCUUAUUUCUGCUGUCAAGCGUCAACUUCGAAUUCGAACAAUUCAUGAAUCUAAACUCCUCGAGUUUGACGAAAAACGUAACCUCUCUGUGUUCUGGGUAUCAUGCGAGGCCGGCACAUACAUCCGUACUCUGUGUGUACACCUCGGAUUGGUGUUGGGUGUUGGGGGACACAUGCAAGAGCUGAGGAGAGUACGGAGUGGAGCAUUGUCGGAGAAUGAUGAUAUGGUGACAAUGCACGAUGUUUUGGACGCUCAAUGGAUGUAUGAUAACACGCGCGACGAAUCAUAUUUACGUCGUGUCAUCCGUCCUCUCGAGUGCCUCCUGAUCGGCUACAAGCGUAUUGUCGUCAAAGACAGCGCCGUCAACGCCAUCUGCUAUGGAGCCAAAUUGAUGAUUCCUGGGCUCUUGCGAUAUGAGGCCGACAUAUCGGUGCACGAAGAGGUCGUCCUCAUGACCACAAAGGGUGAGGCCAUUGCCCUUGCCAUCGCUCAGAUGUCGACAGUGGAAUUGGCGACUUGCGACCACGGAGUUGUCGCAAAAAUUAAGCGCGUCAUAAUGGAGAGGGAUACAUACCCAAGGCGAUGGGGCCUUGGCCCGAAGGCGAUGGAGAAGAAAAAGAUGGUAAAAGAGGGAAAGCUUGGAAAGCACGGGGAGAAACUCGAGGGUGUCACCCCAACAGAAUGGAGCCGCGACUAUGUUGACUAUACGAGAGACGGACCAACCGCCGGACCAUCAGCGACAGCUACUUCUGCGAGUGCCGUUGCCCCUGUGGCAGCUGUUGAGCACCCAUCCGCUGUUGAGAGCCCCAAGAAGGAGAAAAAGGAGGAGAAAAAACGGAAGCGCAAAUCUGAAGUUGCCGAGGUAGAAAAUGGUGAUGUCUCAAUGGCAGUCACGGACAUAGGGGAUGAGGAUGACGAGGAAAAGAAGCAGCGCAAGAAGGAGAAAAAGGAGAAAAAGUUGAGGGAGAAGGUUGAACAGGGCGAGGAAGAUGAAGAAGCCAAGCGGGAGAGGAAAAGGUUGAAGAAGGAAAAGAAGGCUAGAGAGUCUAUCGGCAGCGAAUCAUGAUUCAACAUGAGGGCUUUCAUCUCACGGUGUGCAAUCCCAGUGUUCUUCUUCGUUGUGUCUU